CAUAUAUACGGACCGGCAUUGAGGUUUGACAUUGUACAUCACACUUCGUUCAUCUCUUCGCAUCGACAUAUCUUGGUGAGUAUCAUGGAUCAGGACGAGCAGCUGUCGCAUUCCCUCCAUGCCGCAUCCGUCUCAGAAGGGAUGAACCUUUCUCCUUUCGCUUGGCAUCCAUUUGUCCCAGCACCUAAAUCCUUGCUUUGUCCCCUUGACUGACUCUCAACUCUAGACAUAUCACUUAUUGACAACAUGUUCGCUCGAUACGCUGCUUUGUCUCUUCUCGCUCUCGUUGCUGCUCAAGACUCCUCCUCUGCAAGUCAGACGGACAUUGAGAUCAUCGAGGCCAACUUCCAAAACGCCGAGCUGGUCCCCGAGUUCAUCUCAUCCUUCUCACCUCAAGGCAUCCUCAACGUCGAGUACGAUGGUGGAUCGGCCUUGUCCCCGGGUCAAAACCUGUCUCAAAGCUCCGUUUCAAGCACUCCUUCACUCUCGAUUCUGCCUUCAUCCAACGCGUCGGACAUCAGUGGUGACAACCGAUACACGGUCAUCCUCGCCGACGCCAAUGUUGUCGGAACCGACGAAUCUACCGAAGCGCAGACCCGACAUUGGCUGGUCAACGGUGCUUCUUUAGACACCAGCUCGGCACCUUGGACCGUGACAUAUACAAACGCCACGUCAAUCACUGACUACGCUGGACCCGCUCCUCCUGGAGGAUCCGGACCCCACCGAUAUGUCUUCAUGGUUUACUACCAGCCCGACUCUUUCCAGGCCCCAGCCAACUUGUCGACUGCCAAUACUCCUGUCUCCACCUUUUUUGUCUCUCAGUAUGUUCAGGAAUCUGGUCUCGGCGCUUUAGUCGCUGCCACCUACAUGCAAGUGGAGAAUGGCACACCUACUGGAACCAUUCCUGCGACCACUGCCGUGGACACUGCUACAAUCGGACAGUCUACCAGCUCCGGAUCUAGUGGGUCUUCCACCUCUCACGCCUCGGCAUCUGGCACGGAAUCUGCUCGAGCCUCAGGAGCCUCAGCUUCUGGAUCGGGUGCCGCUGGUGCCGCCAAGGACCUCGGAUGGAGCGCCAUUGUUGGAGGUCUCGGUGUUGUAGGCGCCGUCCUCGGAGCCGCUAUCGUCGUCUAGAAACGUCUUCAUGAGUCACGGACAAUAAAACCUCAACUGUAUCAUAAAUCCUGUGGAGAAUCAUUGCAUGUCACAGUAACAUUACUUUCGGCGACACGUGUCGUU